CCUCUAUCAAGGCAAUCUUGAGGAGCCUCCUGGAUCCUCAUAUCUAUUCCGUCAAGGACUUCCCCGAGUCUUCCUUCAUUAUGCAAUGGAUCUUCCAGACUGACCACAGGCUUCCCAAAACUCCCAAUGUCUCUGAACUUGAAGAGCUCCUGCAGACACUGCAGCAAAUGAUGGAGCACAUCCAUGCUGUCACCUACGCACCAGGAACCUCUGCUCCUGCCGUCCAGGAAGCAAAGAGAGAAGCCACCCUGACCACAGGCCUCGCAAUUCAUUCCUUACUGCGGUCUCUCCAGGAAAGGGCUCAGAAGGACAUGGAACUCUUGGUGCUCUUAAUUGCAACCAGCACAGGGUACCAGGUGGGAAGCAGCACUUUUCAGCACCUCCUUGGCCAUGCAGAAAUUCAGUACCUGGCCCAGGCAAUGGCAGUGGCACACGAGCAGUACGUGACUCUGAAGGAUCAAGAUACUGCCAGAGCUGAGGCCUCCCUUCUGCUGAUGGGUCUGACCGUGACACCCCAAAGCAAAGAGCUGUCCCCAGAGCAGAAGAGGGAGCGGUUGCUUUUCAUGGAAGGUCACAUGGAAGGCUUGUGGUCCACUGGGACAAAGAAUGUCCUCCAGAAGCACAGGGAGUGCCCAGACUGGGAGAUGCUGGAACGUGACUUGAAUUCCUUCAUCGGUGGGAGCUUGGAGGAAACAGGGGAUGAUGUGAGGAUGCAGAACAUACUCAAAGACAUGGAAGACACUUUCCAAACAACUGAGCCUUCCAGUCCCUCCAAAUCCGAGUCAGGUGCCAAUGAAUCCAAAGCCAAUGAAGCCACUGCAAACCAAGAGUUCCUCCAGUUGCUCAAGCGCCUUGGACUAGAAAGUCACUAUCCCAGAAAAAUGGGCACAGGACAUUUCCACAUCAUCUGCAAGACAUCUCUGCACGACAGCCAGCCCAGCAAGGACCAGGAACUGCCAUUUCACUUCCUGCAGAAGCUCUUAACCGUGGACUAUCGGAUGAGGUACCUGACUUGUGGGGAUGGGAGCAACCCACGACUUGCCCCUGUGCUAGAAACCACAAAACAAGAGCACGAACCGUCAGACUCCUUUGAAAACUUUCUCCAUUGUUUGAAGGAAGCAGCUCCUCGACCUGCAACCAGUGAUGGCCACUUGCACCCCAUGGACCUCCAGAUGGCAAUUUUCCACUGUACUGAUGACUUCAUGAGACAGUCCAUUGCAACCAAGCUGGCCUUCUGCCAACUGGCGCUGCCCCUGUUGGUGCCCAAGCCGGGCACUGCCCAGAUCGAGUUCCCGCUCUGGGCCCUCAGCCAAAUCAAAAGGAGCUGGAAAGAGGCAGAGAAGUCGGGACAGCAGCCCAGGAUGAGCAGUCACAAUAACAAACUCAUCCAUCAGGCAGAGACGCCCAUCGUGUCCUUCAUCCGCGUUGGCACCUCUGCCUCUUCUUCCAAGUCUCAGCUCCUCAAUGCUCUGCUGAGCAAACAAAGACACGACACUUUUUUCCACCGCCAUUGCCAAGGCAGCACCAGAGAGUGUUUGCUGAUGGCAGGUGUUGUGGAGAUCGCCUGGUACUGUCCCCGGGGAAGCCCCGAUGACACCUUUGAGUGCUGUGUGGCUUUCUGUAACCUGCAUGGAGACGCCAGGGACCACGGAGCGCAGCUGCAGUUCUUACAGGAGAUCUCUGCUCUCAACGUGGCUCUUGUCUCCGACUCGGAGCACAUGGACGACAGAGGGAAAAAGCUUCUGUGUGACCUGUGGCAGUCACAAACGCCUCUGGUUUGUCUUCUCACUGACAAAGAGAAGGUUGCAGCUGGACAAUCCAGCAAAACCAUAACAAUAGGAAUCAAGAACAGAAACGAAGCAGAGAUGUUGGACGAGCUCACCAAAACAAUCAGGAAUCUCCUGGAAGGGUCCAACCCCCGUUUCAGCCUGGACGCCUGCCUGGACAAAGCUCGCCUGCACGGAUUCUUAGUGGAUGAAGAUCGACCUGAGUGUGUGACAGCCAAAGCAAAGGCAAAGGAGCUGGUGACCCUUCUGAAGAAGGAGAAGCUGUCUGAGAUCAAAUCCCAGCUCCUGCCUCUUCAAGGAAAACUGUGGCACCAGUGGUGCCAAAAGGACAAAGAACUCACUCGCUUGCAGGAGAAGGGGGGCAGGAGCAUCGAGCACCAUCGGAGCCACAUUGAAUCCGAGAAGGCAGCAAUUAGAAGAAAGCAACUAGAGCGAGCCUUCCCCCUCAACCAGCUGAUGAAACCAUUCCUUGGCUUUCUCCAGUCACAGCCAGCAGAUACCAAGAAAUACUUCCUGCAGUGGAUGAAGGUCUUUAUGGAUGACCUCUCCUCUGAUCGCCUUGAGGAACUGAGGAGAGACUAUCACAAGUUAUGGUCUGAAAUCCUGGAAAAAAAGAAAAGCAAGGAAAAAACCAGUCUGAACCCUGAGUUGCUGAGUAGGUUGGAGGCCCUCUCUGAUGAAAUUAAUGAUUCAUCCGUUGGCCUGGAGCAUCUGAUGAGAGAGGUAGGGCAGAUCUAUGAAGCUCUGGAAGCAACAAGCUCAAAGAAUGAAAAUGUUGUCAAACUGCCCCAAAUGGCAGCAGAGCUGAUGGUUUCGGGGUAUCCCGUGGAACUGAUGGAUGGGGAUGCUUCUUACCUGCCACUGCGCUGGGUGGGAGCAAUCUUUGACAGCCUAAUUGAGAGGCUGGGGGACAAACGAGUGUUUGUUCUCUCUGUGCUCGGCCUGCAGAGCACAGGGAAGUCAACCCUGCUGAAUGCCAUGUUUGGGCUGCAGUUCAACGUCAGCGCGGGGAGAUGCACCCGGGGAGCGUUUAUGCAGCUCCUGCCACUGGACGAGCAGCUGCAACAGGACAUGGGCUUUGAUUACAUGCUGGUUGUUGACACAGAGGGCCUUCGUGCCAUAGAGAUGGCCAAUAAACAGUCCCUGAACCAUGACAACGAGCUGGCCACCUUUGUCAUCGGCAUCGGCAACGUGACCCUGAUCAACGUCUUUGGGGAAAAUCCCUCAGAAAUGCAGGAUGUUCUUCAGAUCGCUGUGCAGGCUCUUCUGAGGAUGAAGAAAGUAAAUCUUUCCCCCAGCUGCCUCUUUGUCCACCAAAAUGUGGGAGAAGUUACUGCCAAGGAGCAGAACAUGGAAGGACAAAGACGGUUUCAGGAAAAGCUGGAUGAAAUGACCGUGGCAGCUGCCCAGCAGGAAUGCUGUGUCGUCUCCUCCUUCAGCGACGUCAUCCGCUUUGACGUGAACACCCACAUUCACUACUUUGCUCACCUGUGGGAAGGAAACCCCCCAAUGGCACCACCCAACCCCGCCUACAGCCACAACGUCCAGCAACUGAAAAGCAAAAUUCUCCAGGCUGCCAAGGAGUCCCAGGGCAGCAUUUUGACGCUCUCCAGCCUGAAAGUCCGUAUUGGCGACCUCUGGAAUGCUUUGCUGAACGAGAACUUCGUUUUCAGCUUCAAGAAUUCACUGGAGAUUGCUGUCUACAGGAAACUGGAAACUGCCUUUAGUCAGUGGACCUGGAGGCUCAGGAGUCACGUCUUAGACGUACAAAUGAGACUUGACAACAGAAUUCGGAACGGGGACUUUCAACAAGUCACCAGAGAACACCUGGAAGGGCUCGUACAAGAGACAAGUGAUGCCAUCGUGACAGACAUGAAAAAUUAUUUCAGGGAAGAGAAACACUGUGAGAUGCUGUCCCAGUGGAAAGGCAGCACAGAGCGGAAGCUGGAAGAACUAAAAGAGAAUCUUCUUCAUGAAACUCAGAAGAAAUGUGAGAAUCUCAUUGAACUGCAGAAGACCCAGAGUAAACUGGAUGCAAGGAAAUCGGAAUAUGAAGACGAGCUCCUGAGAAAGAGCAGGGAGUUGGCUCUGACUCUGAAAGGCAAGAGCCUCAGUGAGAGAGAACUGAGAGACAAGUUUACUUCUCUCUGGAACAAGUGGAUUGCUGAAGUCUCCCGUGCUGCUCCCCCACUGGAACGGGUGGAUAUCGAUGUGGAAAUAGAAAAUGUCCUUCUGGAGCAUUUUAAGGAGCCUGGUUUUCAUGCACGGAUCAGGUCAUUUCCCAAACACAGAGGAUUUUCCUUGGACUUGAAGAAACACAUCACAAAGAAAAAGGAUUCAAAAACAUUGAAUGUUUCCAAUGUUGAUGUGAUCUUGCAGGACAUCACAGACAACAUCAUAAAGCGUGUGUGGGCAAACAUUGAUAAGAAGGAACAGGAGAAACGGGAUUACAGUCGAACCUUUAUUCAUGAAAUACUCCAUGAAGUACAGGAAGGUGUGAACUCCGUCUCCAGCGAUGCACCAUUUAGGGUUAACAAAGAUUACAUCAUAGAUUUAUCUCUGUACCUGUGCGGAACGGCAGCAGAAAGGUUUAAAGCCAUGCACGAAGCGUUCCGGAAGGCAAAUGACCCAGUCACCUACCUGAACAGCAAGAGAGAAGAUUACUUCACAUGUUUCCAGAUGUCCUGCCAAGGAGCCACUUCUGUCACAGCUUUUGCUGUUUUCCUUCGUGACAAGCUUGCCCCAGCUCUUCGCCGGGCCAUCUCUGAGAGGACGGCUAAAGCCAUCGCUGGGGACAUGCAGGGGAAAGUCCCAGAUUUCCAGGGCAACAGAGCCAAUCUGGAUGUUUGUAUCCUGAGAUUCCUGGCACAAGAAGAAAAGUUUCAGUAUUUCAAGCGGUACCUUAAACACCCAGAAGAGUUUUUUCAGUGGUACAUUGAGAGACGUGUUGAGAGUUACUGUUUAGGUGAGAGCCGGAGGCUGGAGAAUUUUUUAGAUUCCUCCCUUGAUGUUCUCUAUGGAAACAUCCUGUCAGCUGUUGCUUCAUCAACCCGAAGGGUCAAAGACAGAAAAGACCAAAAGGACAAAAUCUCUCUCUGGCUGGAUGAAUUUUGCAGGGAACUGACAGAGCUGAUCAACUUGCCCAGAAGUGACCUGAAGGGCCUCGAGCAUCAGGAGAUCACAGACAUCGAGUUCCUGAGCAAAGCCAUGGCAGAAGCACUGCCUGCCAUGAAGGACAAACUCAGGGAAGAAUUUGCUGUUGCUGAUCUGAGAUGGUUUGAAAGGAAGCCUCACACCAUCCUGGCAGAGCAGUUUUGGGGGUGCUGGGCACAGUGUCCCUUUUGUGGGGCUGUCUGCACAAACACCAUGCAGGGACACGAUGGAGACCAUCAGCUUCUCUUCCAUCGACCACAAGCUUUGAGGGGAUGGUGGUUCCGAGGAACAGAAGAGCUGUGCGUUGAUAUUUGUUCCAGCAGUGUUGCAAGUGACCGUCGAUUCUACCCAACCCCAGAGGAUUACCCCAUCUAUCCCUACAAGAGAUACCGGGAUGCAGGACCUCCUUUCUCCAAUUGGAAAAUUCUUCCUGAUCCAUCCAUGCAAGCCUACUGGAAAUGGUUUGUGUCUCAUUUCAGGACCGAUAUAGAAACCUGGCACGAUAAGAAAUUCCAAGGCAGAGGAGAAAUCCCUGAGGCCUGGCAGAGAAUUACCAAGCAGGAAGCACUUGCCGAGCUGGACAAACCUUAGGCCACAUUGAUGGAAGGAAGAUGAAAGAAGAUGAAGGAAGAACCUCCACAGCUUUGCAGUUUAGCAGAACAGAGUACAAGGCUGUCCACAAAAUGCUGUUUCAAUGCUUAUGCUCUCAAGCCCCCUGAAGACAAUGGGAUCCAACUGCUCACAAACUGGGUGAAAUAAGGCGCGUUACUCCGGUCGUCGCUCAGAAACUCCCUCGCUUCCUGAUCAGCCAGAAUCCUCUUCCCUUCCUGCCCUAAACAUUUCCCUCUGCUUUGCCCUUGAACAAAAGUAUAAAACCCCUCCCUGGGCUGCUCAGUCCCAUGGCCAAGAUGGAGCCCAAGUGCCAGGGGAAGAGCAAAGGCAGGAUGAGAAAGCCCCAGUUGGAUGAGCUGCUCUGAGGAAAUAAGGGGCAGUGAGCAAAGCCCAGCUUUCCUGCAGCACUCAAAUCCCAGCACAAAGGGGGAACACUGUGGUACUGGGAAGAUCAUGAGACCCUCCAGUACCUGUCAGCCGAGGGACAAUCCAGGUGUUCUGCUGCAGAACCAACAACCACGUCCAACCCCCUCCUCAGGUGCCAAGCCACGACCCCCCCUCCCAUUAGGUACAGCAAGAGAACUUUACACCAACCAGAAACAAAAGGUGAUUACGACUGAAACCACUCCAGCUCCACCUUAACACAAAGAAUUUGUAUAAAAGUAAGUUGGGGAGAGGGAUGAAAAUUGAGGAAGACUCCCCUGAACCUGCUGGGAUCAGCUGAGGGGUUGAACCUGCCUCCCCCCCACCCCAGGGACGCCUGUGGGGUGAGAAAUACACUCUGGGCAGGUUCAACGCUGCUUUAAGGAGCAGAGCUUUGGUCGGGCUCCCCCCAGAGGAUAUUGGCAGAUUGCUUCGUGUUCCACCUUGGCCUUGCUUCCCAGAGCCCAGAUUGCUUUCAAACACAGUUUUGCAGCCAGACGCUGCUGCCAACGCCCACGAACCUUAUUAACCUGUCCCAGGCGGUGCUAAUAAAGAGUGUUAUUCCAGGAACUGGGA